AUGGACCGUGACGAGGAGAUUUCUGUACAGUCGGACGAUGAAGAGAGACAAGAACAGAUCGACAGACGCGCUAUCCUCGCCCCUGCUAUCAACGAUGUUGUCACGGCACUCGGCGGCUAUGAGGGCGACACCUACGUGCUUGGUGAUGAAUGUUACGGCUGUCUAAAGGACCUCAAGAAAUUCUGGCGUAAGGACGACACGGAUGACGAGCGUACAGUAGCUCGAAUAUUUUGGGAGGCGCGUGUCCUUCCAAAUGAUCUCGUCCCGAUCCUUCUCGCGACCGCAGGCAAGGGUCUUGUAACCGACAAGUGUGCCAUCGCAUGUGCAGAUAUCAUUACGGCGAUGACUUGGCCUAUCGACCUUGCCGAAGAACUCAAGGAGCUUGAUGAGGAGCUUGACAAGGGCACGGACUACACGCAACUGCUGCAGAGCCAUUUGCACUAUAAGGCGGCACUCCUUCGACCAGGUGUAAUUCAAGCUCUAUUUGGUAUUUUGCUUCCAUGUAUUGCAAAAGACAAAAAGGAGCGGUCGGAACGUGACGGGCAAAUCAUCAACGUUAUCUUACAUUUAUUCCGAAAUCUGGCGUUUAUCAAGGACCGGGCGCCGAAUAUGCACGCCAGUGCCAAUCAUGCCGAAUUGUCGGCUCUGCAGUCGAGAUUGGUUAAAACGUAUGCCGAAGCCCACGUUUUGGAACUCCUUGUUACCAUCGCUUCUAAUGCGAAGGAUCCGUUCUUCAAUCAAUGGAAUACCUUGGUGUUAGAAAUAUUCUACCUCCUGUUCCGAAGUGUAUUUCCAUCUGCUCUCGCAGUGGACCAGACAAAAAGAGCACAGAAGACACUUUCAGAGCUUCUUGCAGCCGAGAACAAGCUCAAACUGGAGAAUUCCCGAAAAGCUUCUUCCCGGCAUUCACGAUUCGGUACCACGAUCUCUGUGAUUCGUAACCCGAACAAAGCGCAGCAGAUUAAUGGGGACACAACGUCAGCUCCCAUUCCGAGUGACGCAUCAACCCCGAAAGUAGUCCUGCACCGUCAGCAAGCGCUUAAUCAAGAAACCGGCAACAUUCUGGAUAUGAAGAAGCGAAGACAAUAUAAAAAGACGAACAAAGUGGAUGAACUUGGACUACAGGACUAUCUCGACCAAGAGGCAAAGACCAUACUCCAAGGACUUGCUCGAACCUUCGUCGAAGUAUGCUUUAAUACUUUCCUCGCUUCCAUACUGAAGGACAUCAAGUCCGAACGUCCAAAAAUCACCGAGAAAGACCACUUACGCCUACUGUUUGCGACUCGUUGGUUCCUUGAAUUCUUUCUGGCUGUCCGUACAGCACAGAUAGAGAAUUCAGAACAAGACGGACAAUCGAUUAAAUGGCAAUUUGAUCUUGUCAGUGAAAUCGUUGAACGCAGUUGGAUUGUGUGGAUUCUAAAACGGAUGCGCGGGGCGGUGGAGGAAAAGCCGAAACUCUGGACCGAGUUGCAGGCGGGAGUUGAAUGCCUCAUCCAGUUACUAGCACUCAUCGAUACCAUGCACUCCACCGAACUGGAAGACCCAGAAUUAUCGGAAGCGGCUGAACUUCUUCAACAGCAACUCGUAUACAAUGGCGAGGUACUUGAUAUAUCAGUGGAUUCACUACGUGCAUAUAAGGAGGGGGUCCAGAGCCUGCAGUACCUUGAUGCAAGUGUAAAGCUUGGUUAUUCAUUACUGAGAAUGCUGGAGAAGUGGGCGAGGGAGCGUGGCGGCGGAGAACUGCUCGUGAGGAAAAAGAAAGCAAAGCGUAGAAAGAGGAAAGAUGAGGUCGAUGAGGAAGAAAUACAAGUACAACCAGAGCCAGAUUCAGACGAGGAGCACGCUGUGCAAGAAAUUAUCUUCACCUUUGAAACAUUUGAACUGAAAUUUGCACAUGAAGAGAUCACUCACACACUCAUGACGUACUUGGGACGAUACGAAGAGUUCACUUCAUCAGAGCAAAUGAAGCGAGUAGUCAACCUCUUACAUCGACAAGCUGUGAAGGCGAAGGCGGAGGGACUAUUCUUUAAAGUCUCGACAUUGAACCUCUUCAGAAACAUCCUAAGUAGACAAGCGACGCUUCCCCGCGAGCAACCUUACAAAGACCUUGUUGCUCUGAUCAACUUCAUCCUGCGCAAGUUCUUCAAAGCGGUGGCAGAGGAUCCGAUGCUUAUCGUUGAAGCAUUUUACCCGAAGACUCGCAACCGCUGGAAGAAGUAUUCGAGUUGGGAGCCAGAAGCAAAGGUUGACAGAGGACGUGACAAAGAUGUAGAGACCGACAAGCAUCCGGCAGAAGUUCAGGUGAAGAAAGGAUUCUCGUGGAGCGAGCAGCUUGGAAUCGCGAUCGCUUGUUUGUUGGAGAAUGGACAACAAGAGCUUGUCGACUGGGUGAAAGAGAUCUUGAUGAUGACCAUUGGCCAGCGACAGCGGAUUAUAGAGGAGACUGACGAAUCACUGUCCCAGCCUCUAUUCGACGACAUGGAUGACGACGCCGCACGCGAUGCCGCAAAUAAGCUGCGUCAACCAUCGAACGAGGCCCUGGCCAAAUUCCAAGAUUAUCUGAUUCCAUAUACGAGCGACGAACACGCUGACGCUGCUACAAAGAACUCACACAUGAAACUACUCUUCCGUCUCUUGAAGUUCUCCGUUUUAAAUGAGAAUGCCGACGAGCUUGAGUGGUUCGUUCCUGCAGCAAUUUUGCCAGCAGACCUCGAAAGCUCCUUGAAAGUAAUCAACCAAUUCAUCGAUACCCCACUCGACCUCGGAGGGAAGAAAGCAACACAAAUGCUGACCAAAAAAUCCCGUCGGCGUCGACGCCGCCGCGCCCCUUCUUCCUCCGGUUCAGAGAAUGGAAUAUCAUCUGACGACGAAAGUCACAAGAAGCGGGCCAAGAAGAAGAAAGAGAAGGAGAAAUACAAGAGUGCACAGUUUAUUGAGGAUUCAGACGUGGAGUACGGUGAUGAUGAAGCGUUCUGGGCUCGAGAACGCGCACAACGCGAGAAGACGGAGAGGCUUGCGGCGGAAGGGAAAAUGGCGUCCUUGCGUGCGACGGGUACUAAAAAGCGGAAGAAACCGCGAGGAACUUCUGCACUGAACAAUACAGCGGCGAGUGGGGAGGAGACGAGUACAAAAAGGAGGAAGAGCUCACCGAAGUCAGUGAACGGCGUGAGCGACAAUGAAGACAUCGGAGUAUUGCGUUCGUCCGCCUCAGAAUCAGACUCUGGCUCGGACUCGGACGAGCUUGGCGUAGACGCAGUUCUGGACAAGAAUACAAGCUCAACACCGCAGAAGACAAAGAAGAAAGUGAAGCCACGCCCAAGACCGCGCAAAAUUAGGCAUACUCCGGAUGAAGAUGCGCAAGAGGCGUCCGAAUCACCUGCGGCCGCUAAUCCACCAGCAAAAACGGAUACUAGUACUACUACUGCUUCACGCUUACCCGAAGACGCGGACGUUGAAUCUGACCUUGACGUCCAGGCGCGAAAGCCAAAGACCAAGACGAGGGUGGUUUUUUCUGAUGAUGAGGAUGGGUAG